CUGAGGGGCAUCGGACAAUCAGAGCAUUGUCACCAGGGCUUCAGCAUGGAGCAGGGGAGCUGCCCAGCGGAGAGGCCUGGGCCUCGGCCUGUCGGGGUGAGUGCCUCCCACACCCCAGUGCCUUCUACUAGGACAAGGCCCCAGGGCAUUCCCUGGCCCACCUCCCACCCCUCCUCAGCCCCUACCUUCCCUGAGCCAGCCUGCUGACUGGGCAGGCCCCAGUGACCAUAUGUGCCCCUAGGUGAAGACCAGGCCCCGCCAUGUGGACUGGAAGGCCCCUGGCCUGAUACUGUUGCUCGUGGCACUGGCCACUGCUGGGGCCGUGGCUGGAGGACUUCUUGGCUUUGCUCACAGGCCCCCCAAGCCACUGCUGCAGAUGCGUCUGACCCUCCCAAGCCCCAGGGAGCCCCAGUCCAACCAAACCGCCCAGGUGGAUGUGGCCCGGAACUUGGCAACCAUCAGAGUGACACCAGCUCAGAGCAAUGGCAGCUGGGUGGUGCUGUUUGACGGCGAGAGCGGCUGCAUCUGUUACCGCCCUGCAGAGCACAGGGCCUGCUUCCUCCGCCUGAUGGAGCCCCGAGAUCGUGAGACCCUGCAGCUGCUGGUGAACACCUCAAAGGCCCAGGAGCCUCACAGCCCCAGCCAGGACCCCCACUAUGCCCAGGAACUGCUGGCAGUGCUUGGGAGCCAUGAGGUGGACCCUGCCCAGGUGGGGGCUUCAGUGCAGCACCUUUGUGCAAAGACCCCCAUUUACUGGGCCCGUCGAGUGGAGGGGCCCCAGAGGCAGCGGCUCAUCUACCUGUGCAUCGACAUCUGCUUUCCAAGCAACAUCUGCGUGUCAGUGUGCUUUUAUUACCUCCCAGACUAAGCGGCCCUGCCUGGCCCAGCCCCCAGGAUGGCCCCAUCACC